AUUUUCAUUAUAUUUGUUUCUUUCUGCUUCGUGAUGGCAUCUCUACAAAAAGCUCUCCGACGUCAGGAGGCGGCAGCGCUGCGUGCGCGUUCGUGUGACAGCGCUCUGACGUCAGCGCCUUCUGAUCGGCCGAAAUCCCUGAUAAGGCGGCGCGCGCUCCCGCUCGACUCUGAAUGGGGGCUCGGUCCAGCCGGUGACAGCUCGUCCAGUCGUAGGGGGAACUCUGUAGACGCUCGUCCAGGUCCAGGUCCUGGUCCGCCCUGCUUCCAGCCCCGCCGGUCCUCCACGGGCACGAACUUCCGGUGGUUCUCAGUCACUCAGGAAUGAGAGAUGAUGGCCGGCUCUGCAGCAGAGGAGAAAACCUUCCGACGGUUCCUGGAGCUUUUUGUCCGGGAGAUGAGGAUGCCUCUGCAGGACAGCGACCCGCCGCCGAUGCGCCCCUUGUCGGACCUGGUGUCGGAGGACGAGGUGGAGGGAGAGUGUCUCGACCUGUGCGUCCAGCACCUCUACAAAUAUAACUGCCCCUGCUCGCUGGCCGCCGCCCUGGCCAGGGCCACCGCGGACAGCGUCCUCCAGGCUGACCUCUCCAUCCACCACCUCGUCAAGUCCGUAGAAGAUGGAGUUGACCCGUUACCACAGAUGGAGUCGGUGAAGCUGGCCCGCACCGUCUUUAACAGACUCUUUGACAUCUGCUGCCUCUGGCAGAAGGAGCUGCCUUUCCGCCGCCGCCCACAGCCGUACUACGAGACGUCCAUCCACGCCAUCAAGAACAUGAGGCGCAAGAUGGAGGACAAACACGUCAUCAUCCCUGACUUCAACACACUCUUCAACAUCCAGGAUCAAGAAGAACAGGCUUUCUUUGCCGUGUUUGACGGUCAUGGUGGCGUGGACGCUGCCAUUUAUGCUGCCAACCACCUCCAUGUGAACUUAGUCCGUCAGGWGAGCUUCAGCCAGGACCCCAGUGAGGCGCUCUGCAAGGCCUUCAAGCUGACUGACGAACGUUUUGUGAAGAAGGCCUCAAGAGAGAACCUGCGCUGCGGGACAACAGGUGUGGUGACGUUCCUGCGGGGCCGGACUCUGUAUGUGGCCUGGCUGGGAGACUCCCAGGUCAUCUUGGUCAGGAGAGGGCAGGUGGUGGAGCUGAUGAAACCACAUAAACCAGACAGAGAGGAUGAGAAGCAGAGGAUUGAAGCUCUGGGGGGAUGUGUGAUCUGGUUUGGCACAUGGAGGGUCAACGGGAGCCUGUCUGUAUCCAGAGCAAUAGGUGACUCCGAGCACAAACCCUACAUCUGUGGUGACGCAGACCAUAGUAUUUUCCCAUUAGACGGCUCAGAAGACUACCUGAUCCUGGCCUGCGACGGCUUCUGGGACACAGUGAGUCCAGACGAGGCGGUGCGGGUGGUCAGCGACCACCUCCAGGAGAACACCGGAGACACCACCAUGGUCGCCCACAAGCUGGUGGCCUCGGCCCGAGACGCAGGCUCCAGUGAUAACAUAACUGUCAUAGUGGUGUUCCUACGGGACCCCCGUUCCCCACCGCCCACCAGCACCGAGGACGAGGAGGAGGGCGUGGUGGAGGGGCCGGUGGAGGAGGAGGAGGUAGCAGAGGUGGAAGAAGAGGAGCAGGAAGACGAAGAGGAGGAAGACGAAGCCAUGAGGGUGGAGCGUGAGGGAGGCGAGGGAGGCAGUGCUGCUGACGUCGGGGGGAAGAGCCGUGGAGGGUGGCCCCUGCAGCAGUGCUCGGCCCCCGCCGACCUGGCAUACGAAGACCGAACGGACUCAUUCACGGACAGAACGAGCCUCAGCCUGCUGGGGCCGUCGCUGGAGGGGCGGAUCUCCCUGAUCCGAGGCUGGCGGAACCCCUGCUUCAGCUUUAGCCCGGAUCUCUUCACGGCCCCCCACCGCUCCAGGGUAGAACGCCCUCUGAGACGCAGGGCGUGCGUCCCGUUUCAGGAGCCGGGCGCCUCCGGCUUUACGGACCCUCUAUGGCCUCAGACAGCCCUGCUGUUGGGCCGAGCGGUGCAGCAGAGCCACAGGUCUGGUUCUGCCAGUCGUCGAUGGGUCCGGAGGUGGUCGAGCAGAUCCAGGGAGCUGCUAGGUGUGACAUCAURGGGCCACAGGCGGUGCUACUGGAGGCCUGAGGCUGUGCUGCCUCAUCUGGCCCACAAUCAAACCAUCUGACGGGGCACGCCAAACCAAACCAUGGCAAUCAUUUCUUUACCACCCCACCUCCCUGCCCCUCAGCCCACCCACCUCUGCCUUCAACACGUCUUUCUUUGAUAGUAAGUAGUUGUGGCUCCUGCAGUCGUUACGUGAUGACUCAGUCUCCGUUAGACGACUGGUUCUCUCUGUUCUCAGUCCAAGUGUCUCCAAACGUACAGCUGGCCCACUAAACACGCCCUGCUUGUCAUCGCUUUAGGUAAAAGUCCAAACUGCCUCCUCUCCAUUGUGACCACUGAUCCGUCACGAUGAAGCCAGAGCUCAAAGUAUUGGACAAUAGGAUGUAUUCAUGAUGAUUGUGAAAUAAAUAUUAGAAUUAAAAUGUGAA